UCUCUUACCUCCUCCUGCUCUCACACUGAGCAGCUGCGAAGGAGGACAUUUAACAUUUGGAAAAGUUUCUAGCGUUCAAAGAACAACUCACCGUGAAGUUUUUUUAUUGAGUUUUUUUUUUUUUUACGCAAGUCAAGUUUAAAUAUGUAUUCAAUUAUUUUAGGGUCAAAGAUGACGCCGUUUUUAUUCAAAUCAUUCUUGUUUUUGGCACCUUUGGUACUGAACGGUCUCUGCGUCAGUGCCUCCCCGGGCUGCGCGUCGUGUGCUUUAGCAGGAAUGGAAAAAGACACGGAGGAAAAACUGAUGAUAGAAAUCGCCAAACAGCAAAUCUUGGAGAAGCUGCACCUGAAAGAGAAACCAAACAUAACACACACGGUGCCCAAGGCUGCGCUUCUCACUGCGCUGCGUAAACUGCACUCGGGGCGCGUCAGACAGGAUGGCACUCUUGAACUAGAAAACAGUAUACCUACCAAAGAACAAGGCUAUGAAAUACUGAGCUUUGCAGAUAUAAGUGAGACAGGCAGAGGUGAGAAGGCCAACCUCAGCAUUACCUUCCAGUUUCUGCAGGAACGUGGCCAGAGUAUCCAGGUACUCCAGUCCUCUCUGUGGAUCUACGCCCGCUCCUCUGGGGACCCUCACAGGGACUCCCGGCUCCCUGCCCGAGUUUUCCUUACUGCUGAUGGUGGAGCAUCUGGGACUGUCCGCUCCCUGGUCAUAGAAAAGAUGCUGGAAGUCCAGGAGAGCAACUGGCACACUUUCCCCAUCACCCGCACCCUGCAGCAAUUCCUCGAUGGUGGCCAACACCGCUUGCGGUUGGAGGUGAACUGCGAUGAAGAUGGAAAGAACCUGUGCUCCUUAGACGGCUCUACUGAUAGUCCCCACCAGCCCUUCCUCGUGGCCCAGGUGCGUCAACGUAAUGAUCAUUUCAAACACUCACUCAGGAAGCGUUCCUUGCGUUGUGGGAACGAAGUAAGUGUGUGCUGCAAGAGAGACUUCUACAUCAAGUUCAAGGAUAUCCAGUGGGAUGAGUGGAUCAUUGCACCUGAGGGCUACCACAUGAACUACUGCAUAGGUCAGUGCCCCCAGCAUCUUUCUGGUUCCCCUGGAAUAGCGUCUUCGUUCCAUGCCACUGUCUUCAGUCAGCUGAAAAUCAAUGGCAUCAACACAGCUACGACUUCAUGUUGCAUUCCCACUGAGCGCCGGCCACUCUCCAUGGUCUUCUUUGACUCUCAGCACAGCAUUGUCAAACUGGACAUUCCUGACAUGAUCGUGGAGUCCUGUGGGUGCACAUAAAGGACAGAGGAAAGACAUGGUAUAUGUAAAUGUAGAUUUUGUGUUUGUGUUGAUUGUGGACUAAGAGACUCACAUUGACAGAGAUGUGUCUUGCUUUGGAUAAAUUUGGAUAAACCCUUUUGUUUUGUACCAAAUUUGACAAAAUUAUUUUACUUUACAUACAUAAGAUGAUGUAGGUAUUAGAUAUGCACCACAAUAUGUAAUAUGUAAAUCUUUUAUUUUUUACAUUUUAAAUUAUCACUGAGACAGGACCUGAGUGCAGGUGGAGUCAUUUGGGUCAUAGAUUUACAAGCACAUAUAAUGAAAACAAAAUUGGGCCGAAAAUGUGUCCUUGUGGAACACCACUUUCAAAACCUACUAUCGAAUCCGCCAUAUAAGAAAAGUGUCACUAACUUUAUUGACUGACUGUGUAAACCUAUAACCCAAUUCUAGAGAUAUUCCAAUAUUAUUGUUUAUUUAACAUUCAUCAAAUAUUUGAAUUACUUGUUUAUUACCAUGCAAGAAAAGACUUAAAAUGAAGAGUCUGUCAUAUCUGUCUGAGUGCAGUUGAUGCUGCAUACAGGCUGACAUGCCUAAUCAGCAAAUCAGCAUCUCCACUGUAUUAUUUACACAAGUCAGCCUUUCAGUUGAGAAACUGUCACUGUGUCAAACAUGUGAACCAGCAUUUGUCCAGCAUCGUGAGCAAACAUUUAGCUAUUGCUUCAGUUUCAGGUAAUGUGAAGGUCUGUGAGGCAUUUGGGUCAAUGAUCAUGUACUGUUGCCCAGUGGCAUUUAUAUCUCCCAGAGUCUAAAGUUUUCUGGGAUGAUGCAAAAUUUGAAGAUUUUUUGUCAGUGACUUGGACAUGAUCCAAAACAUGUGCAAAUGUUUUUCUGCCUUUUUCUGUUGCCAUUAAUGAUUAAGAUUGGGGGGUGGGGGUGAAUGAUGUUAAGAGUUUCUUGUUGUUAAGAGCACCUCUUGUCUCAGGACUCAAUGUGAUAAUGAGUUGCCGUUGUAUUAUAACUUCUAAGCACUUUAUCGUCCUACUGUAUUUUUAGAGCAGAUUUUAUAGGCCCGCAGAGAGCAAAAAAUAUCAAUCACUAAUGUUUUUUAAGUUCUGGUUGUUUAAAUGUGUGGUAUUUUAUAUAAACUGAUGCAAUGUACAGUACACUGAUAAUGCAAUUAUCCUGCAAUUUCCUGUAUACAGUAACCAAUGGGAAUAGAGCCAGGAUGUGACUGCUGUUUUGGUUGAAAUGUAUAAUUGUUGUUUUCAUUUUUAUAUUACACUACAUUUUAUGUAGAAGUAAUCAUUUGUGUAGAGACUGAUUGAUAACCUUUGUGUUGAUGACGGGGUUUUUUUUUCUUAAUGUGCUGCAAUGACUUUGCUACAGUUACGGUUUAUUUUAAUAAAUAAAUAUUUUA